UUAAACUGAGCGUCUAAUUCAGUGCCUUAGGCAACCGCCCUGGUGGAAAAUGAAUCAACCACCAGAGAUUAUGAAAAACAUGUUGGUUUGUUUUCAUUUGGUUUUCUGUUCAUUUUGUUUAUUAAUUGUUACUAUUUAAUAAUGUCCGCUAAACAGGUUAUUUUGACUUCCACUUUAAACUCAACUUAUUGGUCGGUCAAUGUUCAGGAUCUGCUCACCGGUACACAAAUCACUUCAUUCAAGGAAACAAUUGCCUGUGGUUAUAACAGUUUGGCCUGUCUUUUUGAUCAAUACCUGAUAUGUUCCCAGAAGGAUUCAUCGGUUGUCCAUUUGUGGAGUCUAAGGAAGAAAAGUAUUGUCCGAACCCGAAUGAAGUGUCCAGCAAACGUAACUGCAUUGACUGUUACUCCAGACGGAAUGUUUAUCAUUCUAGCUUUGGGUGAAAAGAUUUACAUCUACAUGACUUCAUCAGGACAAUUAUGUUCCAUUCUAGAGAGACAUUAUCAACCUAUUACUGUUAUUAGAAUGUCUAAAUGUGGUUCCUUUUUCAUCUCUGGAGGAGAAGAUGGAUUAGUCCUUCUUUGGAUGUUGAAUUGUAUUCUAAGUACUGGAUUUCAUGAUCAGCAAAUUGGUUCGACUAAUUCUCCAGAUCUUAAUCCUAAACACACUUGGUCUCAUCAUAAUGGUCGAGUAACUGAUAUUCACUGUGGUUAUACUGGUAUUAGGGGUAAAAGUUGUUCCGUUUCAAUUGAUUCCACAUGUAAAAUUUAUGAUAAUUAUUCUGGUAAUUUACUGAUUUCAAUAUCGUUUGAUGAACCUCUUUGGUCUGUUGCAAUGGAUCCUGGUCAGAGUUUUCUAUUCGUUGGCGGAGAGAAAGGAAACAUUUAUGAGACUAAAUUGUACGAUGAGAAGCAAAUUAUCAAUGAUUUGAAUCGACCUCAACCAACUGUUCUAACUGCCCAUAGUUCAAAAGUCACUCAUCUCGCGAUCUCGAUUGAUGGAUUAGCUUUAAUCUCUGGUGGUUAUGAUGGAAAAGUGAUUGUUUGGCAUACAAUCAGUAAACAGCGAAUGAAAACAUUUGAAAAUCGAGGAGCAAUUACAAAUCUAAUUGUCAUGCCAACACCAAGAGGAAUUUUGGAAGAGGAAACACCUUUGAUUCCUGUUAAAUCAUUCAAAUUAACAAAUGAUCCUGAUUUAGAUGCAUUUGAUAGAGAUCUAAUCCACACAAUUAACGAUCAAUGUAUACCAGAUGAGGAUGAAAUUGAAAACAAUCAACAAAAUGUUAUCAAUAUUAAUCAACUUGAAGCAAAUGAUGAAGAGCCAGAAUCCAAUCCAGAUGAUAUCGAGAAGAUUAAAACAAUUAACCAACAAAUUUAUGAAUAUUCAGUGAAUACAAUUUUCAAACAAUUGAUUAAUAAGUAAAACUUUUCAUUUUUGCUAAUAAACUUUUAGUUUUAUUUUCAAUUCACGAAAAAUGCAAA